CAAGUAUCUGUAAAUUACCAUAAUUUUAGUUAAGUUAAUGGAUAUCAGUAAACAUCAACGAUAAUGGGUAGCAAUAUAUGGCAAAAUAUUUGGAAUCUUUGUAUAUAUAAGAUUAGAUUCUGAGUCGGUUCCUUUUUGCUUUGGUAAUAAAAAUGGGAAACGUGACUGGUAAAGAAGAUGAUGAUGGUGGCGGUGAUGAUAGCCGCCCAUCUGGAGGUCUUAAACAGGAUAGCAUGGCAUGUCAAGAUAGCGAUCAUUCGCACGGAAAUGGUGAUGGCGAGUUCAUGGGCCACUCCCCUCCUCCUAGCCCUAGGGCUGCUCGCUCACCUUUGAUGUUCACUCCUCAGGUCCCCAUGGUUCCUCUUCAAAGACCUGGUGAGAUGCACAUCCCGAGCCCUUCGUGGAUGCCAACUACCUCUGGGUAUGAAGACAUGAGUAAUGAGCAAGGAAUUCCAACAAUGAUUACUUGGAGCUACGAUGGGGAGGAAGUUGGUGUGGAGGGAUCAUGGGAUAAUUGGAAAACAAGGAAGCUCUUGCAGAGAUCAGGGAAAGACUUCACCAUUAUGAAAGUGCUUCCUUCAGGUGUUUAUCAGUACAGGUUUGUUGUUGAUGGACAGUGGAGAUAUUCCCCAGACAUGCCAUGGGCCCAGGAUGAAGCAGGCAAUGCUUAUAACAUUUUAGACUUGCAGGAUUAUGUUCCAGAAGAUGUUGGAAGUAUUUCUGGUUUUGAACCUCCUCAGUCCCCAGAUUCAAGCUAUACCAACUUGCAAUUUGUUGCUGAAGACUAUGCAAAGGAACCUCCAUUAGUUCCUCCACAUUUGCAGAUGAAUUUGCUUGACGUUCCUUCUUCCCACAUGGAGAUUCCACCUCCUUUUUCGAGACCUCAGCAUGUUGUGCUUAACCAUCUUUACAUGCAAAAAGGAAGGAGCAGCCCAUCAGUGGUGGCACUUGGUUCUACUCACCGGUUUCUAGCCAAAUAUGUCACUGUAGUACUUUACAAGUCGAUACAGAGGUAGACAUGAGCAUCCAUCGGGACACUAGUCUUUAAUCCGUUCAUGUAAUUGAAAUAAUUGUUAAGAGGUAAAUAUCAGGACAAUGGCUUAAGUGAACUCCAGAAAGAGCCAUACUAGCAAGCUAGAAAUUUAUUUGACAUAAUGCUAAUGCUGUGGAUUACCAUUUAUCUAGAUAUUAUGUGUAUGAUUCCUUUCUGUGCUUUUCAUCAUUCUUCCUCUGUAGUGUCUCGAGGAGAAGCAACCAUUUUGACUUAUGCAAUGCUGGUUUGCUUAUGAUAGUUCUAUCGCAGUUGGAAAGGAG